AUGCAGCAGCAGAAGCAGCAACAACAUCAGAAGCAGCUGCAGCAGCUGCUACAACUAGGGGGAUGUGUAACCGAGCCCCAACAGCAACACCAACAGCACCAACAGCAGCAACAGCAGCAACAGCAGCAGCAGCAGGAGCUGCCCCGUCCUGCGUUUGUUGCUGCUCCUUCUCUAUACAACAUCGCGCCUCUGCAUGUAAGACCAACAGCAGAAACACAGCUGCUGCUGCACUAUCGUAGUGCUGCUGCUUUGCUGCUGCUGCACAUGCAUGCAAGGGAAGCAGCAACAGCAGCAGCAGCAGCAGCAAGUCCUGCAGGAUGGCGAUACUCCUUAGCUUACCUUGAUGGCCUUAGCUAUCCUGCUGCGCUGCAGCAGGCAGAAGCAUGUGGCGGGUUUGCUGCAGCAGCAGCAGCAGCAGCAGAUCCAUCAUCAUCAGCAGCAGCAGCAGCAAGAGCAGCAGCAGCAGCAGCACAGUCUCCCUUUCCUGUAUUUCCUGCUGCAGUAUGGAUAGAUGCACUGCCGCUGCUGCUGCAGCAUGCAGCACUGCAGCAAAAGAAUCGUUUAUCCCUGCAGCUAGCGUUGCUGCUGUCUGUGUUGCUGCUGGGGGGACGGCAGCAGCAGCAGCAGCUGCAGCAGCAGGAUAUAGGUCUGCUGCUGCAGCUGCUUGAGUUGCUGCUGCAAGGAGACAGCAGCUUCUGCUGCAGUGCCUUGUGCUGCUUGCUGUCUACGCAGCAGCCGCUGCUGCUGCACUGCCGCAGCACAAUUGCGCAGCAGCUGCUGCCGCUGCUGUUGGGGGCCCCCAAGAGGAGGGGGGCCCCCAAGGUAGCUUUGUUGCUGCUGCAGCACGCGUAUAUAUUGCAUGCAACCCCACAGCCUGCAGCAGCAGCAGCAGCAGCACGUUUGCUGCUGAAGCAGCAGGUAGCCGGUGCAGCAGCAGCAGCUGGGGGAGGAGGACAAGGAGGUGCAGGAGAACUAUUACCUACGGCAGCAGCAACCGCAGCAGCAGCAGCAGCAGCAGCAGAGGACUCCUCCCCUACAGCACAUUGUCUUACUGUGCUGCGCGUGCUGCGAAGGCAGCAAGAGAGCAGCAGCUUCCUUUGCUGCUGCAGCACAUCUGCUGCUGCAGUAUUUUUGCUGUCUUUACGUUUGCUGUCUGCUGCUGCUGCAGCAGGAAGUGUGCUGCUGCUGUGUCGUGAGGCUGAGCAGCUGCUGCUGCUGCUGUGGCGCUGCAGCAGCAGCAGAUUGUCCUUCUUGCUGCUUGGUGGCUCUCUUGCUGCUGCUGCACUAGGGGACGUUAGUAGGGUACGUCUUAUAAGGGAGGAGAUAUGGCCGUUGCUGCUGCUGAGGCCUUCUGCUGCUGCUGCUGUACAGCUCAUUGCUGCUAAACGCAGCAGCAGCAGCAGCAGCAGCAGCAGCUGUUGCUGCAGCAGCAGUAGUUGUUGUGACGAAAUCUGCUGCAGAUACACCUGCUGGAAAGGAUGCUGCAACUUUGCUGCUGCUGCUGCAGCUGCUGCUGCAGAUCCCCGUUCCUCCCCUCCAGCAGCAGCAGCAAACAGCAGCAACAGCAGCAGCAGCAGCAGCAGCAGCAGCAGCAGCAGCAGGUUUGGAGAGGCACCACUAUUAGUAUGGUUAAUGUGCUGCCCCCCUUCUCCUCGUCUUACUGAGCUGCUGCUGCCUAAGGAGUUGCUGCUGUCUCUGCAGUACUUGCUGCAGCAGGAGACACUGCAGCAGCAGAAGUUGCUGCUGCAGCAAGGAGGUCGUGUAGGCAGCAUAAAUGGUCUUGCUGCUGCUGCUGUUGCUGCUGCUGCUACUAUAUCCGACAGCAGCAAAGAGCUGCUGCUGCAGCGGGAGUGGUUUAUCUCACGUUGGCUGCGGAUUGAGGGUCCUGCUGCUGCUGCUGCAGCAGCAGCAACAACAGCAGCAACAGCAGGAAGCAGCGGAGGACACAGCAGCAGAUCUCCAUGGCUGUCCUCCUUUGUUGGCGAUUUAUCCGCGCUGCUGCUGCUGCAGAGUUCUGCUGCUUGCUGCCUCGUCAACAACACGGGGGGAUCCUUAAAGCAGCAGCAGCAGCAGCAGCAGCAGCUACAGCAGCAACAGCAGCAGCAGCUGCUGCUGCUGCAGCAACAGCAGCGUGGCGAAGACACAGGCGUUUUAGGAAAGCAACAACAACUCAGCAUAAGCACAACAGCAACAACAGCAGCAACAGCAGCAGCAGCAGCAGGAGGUAGCAGCAGCAACUUGCAGUUAUGCUGCGGCGUGCUGCCUUUGCUGCAGCAGCUGCAGCAAGCAGCAGAGAAGGAGACAAGUCCCUUUUCUUAUUUGUGUCUCCUUAGCCAGAGACACCAAUUGUGUCUCCGUUGGUUGCUGUUUGCUUCUGCUGCUGCACCUCUCCCUGCUGCUGCUGCUGCUGCUGCUGUUGCUGCUGCUGCUGGUGCUGCACCUCUACCUGGUGCUGCUGCUCCUACUGGUGAAGCAGCAGCAGCAUCAUAUCCUUGGUGCUGCAGCAGCAAACAGUGGCAGGAUGCGACGUUGCAGCUGCUGCGCGCCCUGCAGCAGCAGCACCAGCAGCAGCAGCAGCAGCAGCAAAAGUAUAAACGAAUCCUUGUUGGUGGGGCUGCAUGCAGUGUCCCCCUCCCUCCUGAUUCAUUUAUUAGGGAUGCUGUGCUGCUGCCCACGCUGCAGUUUGUGUCUCUUUUCUGCAGCAGCAGCAGCAACAGCAACAGCAGCAAAGGCAGCAGCAGCAGCAAAGGCAGCAGCAGCAACAACAACAGCAACAACAAAAACAGAAACAGCACAGGUGCAGAUUCAGCGCAGGGACAAGAGGGGGUGCAGCAAAUGGAUAUGGAGGCUGCUGCUGCUGCUGCUGCUGCUGCAGCAGCAGCAGGUGGGGGUGUGGCGUCUUUGCUUCCUAUUGCUGUGCCGCUGCUGCAGCAACUGCAGCAAGGCAGCAACUGCAACAGCAGCUGGGUAUCCUCUUUUGUUGAUUUCCUGUCUUUGCUGCUGCAGCACUGGGCACCUGCUGCUACUCCCUUGUUUGUUGCUUCUCUUGCUGCUGCAUUUGCUGCUGUUGGGUUGCUGCAGCUGCUGCUGCAGCCACCGCAGUUGUAUCUAGACUCCUCUCAGCAGGUUGCUGCUGCUGCACCUUCUGCUGCUGCAGCUGCAUCUGCUGCUGCAGCAGACAGAGGCUUACAACACGAAUCUUCAUCAGCGCCAACAGCAAUAACCGCAACAGGAGCAGCAACAGCAGCAGCAGCAGCAGCAGCAGCAGGUGGAGCAGCACAGACACUACGUAAUUGGGCAGUGUCUCUUUCUGUCUCCUUUAGCAGCAAUUUAAUAAAUUGUCUCCUUCUAGAUAGAGCAGGUAUAGCUCUUCGUGUAGGCUGCAGCAGCAGCAGCAGCAGCAGCAGCAGCAGCAGCAGCAGCAACCGCAGCAGCAGCAGUAGUAGCAGCAGCAACAGCAGCAGCAGCAGCAAUGGGGGCCCAUUUCGGGUGUACGUACACCCUGAUAAGAGUACAGCUAAAGAAGGGCAGCAAAGAUUUCCUGUGUCUCCUCUCCUCUGCAGCGCGCUGCUGCAGUCGCAGUUGCUGCUGCUGCUGCUGCUGCAGCAGCCGCAGAGGUUUGGUGCUGCACUACCUGGUAGAUUAGGCAUUCUUAGUAGGGAUAUUAACAUAUUAGCUGCUGCUGCUGCUCAACAGCAGCAGCAGCAGCAGCAGCAACAGCAGCAACCACAGCAACAACUGCAACACGAGCAACAGCAGCAACACGAGCAACAGCAACAACUGCAACAACAACUGCAACAGCAACAGCAGCAACAGCAGCAGCAACGAGAACAGCAGCAGCAAAAAAUUAGCAGCAUCUUGGGUCUCACUGUGCAACCAGUUGUAGGCAAGAAGCUGCAGCAACAGCAGCAACAGCAGCAGCAGCAGCAACCCAAUUUGCAAGCUGGCUGCUCUCAACAGGAGAUGCUUGCUGCUGCUGCUGCUGCUGCUGUUGCUGCUGUUACCCCUGCUGCUCCUUUGCUGCCACACAGCGAGCUGCUUAAUUGGCUGAACAGCAAGGACUGCAAUGACUGCUACAGCAGCAGCAGCAGCAGCAACAGCAGCAGCAACAGCAGCCGCAACAGCAGCAAGCAGCAGCAGCAAAUCCGUUGGGACUCUAUUGAUGUCCCCUUUAGUCUCUUCUCUUCUUUAUGUCCGCUUCCUUCCUUUUGCUGCUGCUGCGCAAGUGCUGCUGCUCCUUGUGCUGCUUGUCGUACCCGCCCCUGCAGCAGCAGCAGCAGCAACAGCAGCAGCAGCAGCAGCAGCAGCAAUGGCAGCAGCACAGAGGGUAUUUUUGCAUCUAUUGUUGCGACCUACAGGCGAGUAUGCAACGAUGUUGCUGCUGAAGUAUCUGCAGCAACAGCAGCAGCAGCAGCAGCACCAACAGCACCAACAGCAGCAACAGCAGCAGCAACAGCAGCAGCCGACCAACAAUUGAAUGCUGUGUGGGCUGCUGAGCUGCUGCUGCGGCUGAUGAACAAGCAGCAGCAACAGCAACAGCAGCUGCUGCUGCUGCAGCAACAACAGCAUAACACUCCCGUUGCAGCAGCAGCAGCAGCUGCUGCUGCUGUACUUGCCUCUUUAUUGGUGGAUAACGAGCAGCAGUGUCUCCUUAGGAGCAGCAAAAGGAGAAAAAUCAGCAGCAACAGCAGCAGCAACCACUACUGCAGCAACAGCAGCAACAGCAGCAACAGCAGCAACAGCAGCAAGAAUGGCGUUGCUGCUGCAGCGCUGCAGCUCAAUGCUGAUUCGCUUUGUACAGGGAUCUUGCUGCUGCUGCUGCAGGUGUGUCUCUCUAACAGCAGCAGCAGCUGCUGCAGUGCCACCGGAGAAGCAGAGACACCUCCAGCAGCAGCAGCAGCAGCACCGGCUGCUGCUGCUGCUGCUGGUUGCUGCUUCUUUGGGGAAGUGCUAGCAAGACUCUCCCUCUGUACAACAGAGCCCAUAGGUUUCUUUCUGCUGCAGCAGGUUGCUGCUGCUGCUGCUGCUGUAUCUAACGAUGCUGCAGCAGCAACUGCAGCAGCAGCUGUACAUUUCACAGAACCAGGAACAGCUGCAGCAACAGAAGCAGCAGCAGCAGCAGCAGCAGCAGCAGCAGCAGCAGGAGAAUGUGGGAGAUCCGUCCUUGGGGGUAACUCCUUGUUAGCAUGCAAUGCAAGCAAUGGCAAUUGCAGCAGCAGCAGCAGCAGCAGCAGCAGUAACAGCAGCAAGCUGCAACGUUCAUCCCUGUUGUUUGAUUUAGCCUUCUGCCUGUGGCUGUCUUACGCACGAGCAGCAGCAGCAAACCCUCUUGCUGCGCCUGCGGUGCAGCAGCAGCAGCAGCAGCAGAAGCAGCAGAAGCAACAGAAGCAACAGCAGCAACAGCAGCAGCAACAACUAGAAAGGCUCAUAGCUCGAGACGUAACAUUGGCAAAACCCCACAUCUUUGCUGCUGCUGCUGCUGCUCUGCGUGACGGAGACACCAGCAGCAGCAACAGCAGGAGCAGCAACAACAACAGCAGCAGCAACAGCAGCAACAAUGAUUAUACUUAUGGAGGGCAGCAGGGUGCUUUUAUGACUUCACCAGCAGCAACAACAGCAGCAGCAGCAGCAGCAGCACCCCUAUCAGCAGCAGCAGCGCCAGCACCAGCAGCAGCAGCAGCAGCAGCAGCAGCAGGUGGUUUUGUGUCUGUAUAUGAGGUGUAUAUACACCCCAACAUACAAAGACAAGAGACUUCCUCUUUUAUUUGUCAGGAGGUGCAUGCAGCAGCAGCAGCAGCAGGACUCUGCAGCAGCAGCAGCAGCAGUGGUGACAGCACUGACAUCUUGAAUCUUUCACAGCAACAGCCUCAACAACAGCAACAGCAGCAGCAGCAACAGCAGCAGCAGCAACAGCAGCAGCAGCAGCAGCAGCAGCAGCAGUGCUGCUUGGGCCGUCGUUCUUGUGGGGCAAUUAAAUCUCCGCGUGUUUUCCCUCUUGUCUCUGUUCUUUCUUCUACUGCUGCAGUGCUGCAGCAGCUCCAGCAACAGCAGCUGCUGCAGCAGCAGCAACACGAGCAGCAGCAGCAGCAGCAGCAGCAGCAGCAGCAGCAUCUGCUGACACUCGAGCUACCGCCUAAGCGGCUGGCGCUGCUGCGGCUUCGUUUGCCACACACAACCGCAGCAGCAACAGCAGCAGGAGCGGCAGCAGCAGCAACAGCAGCAGCAGCAGCAGCAGCAGGACUGUCUUGGAGAGCAUUUGUUCUAAGCUGGCGGCUGCUAGGGAGGGAGUUGCUGCUGCUGCGGGGCCCCCCUGCUGUUGCUGCUGCAGUGCGGGGCGAUUUGUUGCUGCAGCACCGAGCAGCAGCAAACCCUUUUGCUGCUGCAGUGCUGUCUGAUGCUGCAGCAGCAGCAGCUGCUGCUGCUGCCGAGUUUGGCGUAGAAACGCGAGGGGGCCCCUCUGAGGUCCCCAGCAGCAGCAGCAGCUGCUGCUGCUGCUGCUGCGGUGCAGCAGCAAAAGGGCAGCAAUUUGACAUAUGGGCUGCCGUACAGCUUGGGUACCAUCCUUUAUCUUACUGGAGCAGCAGCAGCAGCAGCAGCAGCAGCAGCUUCUGCAUCAAUUGCAGCAGCAGCAGCAGUAGUAGUAGUAGUAGCUGGGGUGAGGAUGCUGCUGCUGCACCGCUGCUGCUGCUGCUGCCGCAGCAGCUACCUCUUGAUUGUCCUGCUGCUUGCUGCAGCGGCGGAUACACCCCAUCUGCUGCUCUCUUAGGGGCAGUGCAGGAACUAAAGGAUGCAGCACUAAGGUUGCUGCUGCAGCUGCCUGCAGCAGCAGCAGCAGCAGCAACUACUGCAGCAGCAGCAGCAGCAGCAAAUCAGCAACAGCGGCUACCCUUACGACCGCAGCAGCAGCUGCUGCUGUGGGCGCAGCAGAACUUGGGUGUAGUUGUUGAGUGCUGCAGCAAAGCCUUGAAAGGCCAGCAGCAGCAGCAGCAGCAGCAGCAGCAGCAGCAGCAGCAGGUAGCAGCAGCAGCUGUGGCUCUUCAUGUCCCGCUGCAGUGCUUGCUGCCUGUGCUGCUGGAGGGGGCCCCCCACCCGCUGCUGUUGGGGCCCCUCCUUUGGGCCCCGUUGCUGCUGCUGCAUGCGCUGCGCAGCAUUGAUGUACCAUACAGCAGCAGCAGCAGCAGCAGCAGCAAAAGCAGCAGCACAAACGGCAGCAGCAGCAGCAGCAUAAUGAACGGCAGCUACUGCAACAGCAGCAACGCCAGUUUUAGGCAGCAACAGCAGCAACAACAACAUCAUCAACAGCAACUACAGCAACAGCAGCAGCUGCUGCUGCAGCAACAGCAGCAGCAGCAGCAACAGCAGGUUUUGUGUGCAGCAGCAAAUGAAGGGCAAAUGCUUUGGAUGCAUCUAAGGAGAAGGGGGCCCCCUAGCAGCAGCGGGGGGCCCCCUAGCAACAGCAACAGCAACACGGGGCACCCUAGCAGCAGCUGGGGGCCCCAUAGCAACAUUGGGGGCCCCAUUAGCAGCAACGGGGGGGGCCCUAACAGCAAUAGGGGGCCCCCAUGGAGCAACAACUGGGGGGGGCCCCAGAGG